AUGUCCCGUUUAAGAAAAAUUAACAGAGCAUUACUUGGAAUUGGCUAUGAUAACGAAGUCGGUGAUAUACCACUUGAUAUUGACGAACAAGAAGAAUUAAUUAACAAAUUAGAAAUAAUAAACUAUGAUAACAAUAAGCAAUACAUUAAUUUUUUGACUAUAUUGAAUUUAAUAAUAUGUGGUAUUUAUAUAUUUUUGAUUAAGAAAUAUUCUAACAGACUAAUUAAAAUCAUAUUUGUAUUAUCAUUACAAUCAAUGUUGUUGUCAUUGAUAAUAUUAAGAUAUAAUAUAAUUAUCAAAGAUUUACCAAUGAUUAAUAAAUUUAAGUUUAAAUUUAAUAUUAACAAUAAUAAAUUAAACAUAUUGAAUAUUAUAAUAAUAAUUACAAUUAAUUGGUUAUUCUACUCAAAUUAUAAAGAAAUAUCAAGUGUCGCAGAUAAGACAAAUAAAAAUACUAGUGUAUUAUUGCAUAUAUUUAUUUUCUUACCAUCAUUGCAAUAUAUUAUCUCCAAUUUAACCAUAUAUUGGAUAAAAUUGUUGAAUAAUGAUAUUACUGAUUUGAGAACAUUAAAAUAUAAGUACAAAUCUGCAUAA